GUUGCUAGAGUUUCGGAAUAUGCAAUUUCUUUUAAAUUUAUUUUCUUUUGUUGUGAAAUGUAACUAUAAGUGACACGAUUCGAGGGAACAACACACUUACACAGAUGGCAGAUGGCAGUGAAAAUGGCAUCUGUUCUAGUCAUAAGAUGCCUCUUGAUCAGGAUUGUGCAACACACAAGAUGCCAAUCUGCUCAGGGUGCAACAUCUUGGAACACGCUUCCUGUCAGAAAGUGGAACCGCAGAUCCCUCUGCAGAGCUACGUAUUGGCUGUCGCCAGAGUCUGUGAACUACUAGAAUGUCAGCUGUACAUGCUGGGUAAGGAAAAGGAGACAGCUGAUGACCUGGUGAAAGAAAGAUGUCGAGCGUAUAGAGACAAAAUAGACAAGUUAGAACAAUGUUCCCUACAGGAUAUCGAAAAUGGUUUUCACAAGCAGACAACUCAGCUACAAGAGUUAAUAGAGAAAUUUAGAAGGUCUUUGAACGUCAAAUCAGAUAUCAAAGAAGUUGAAAAUACUUCAAAUGAAGUUCUGAGAUCUUGUUUAAUGUCCAAACUAACUGCAACGGAAAGAGAACCACAGUUUACAGCGCUCAGUAAAAUAGCAGAAGAUCUUCUUAGAAGAGAGACGCCAUCUUAUCUUCUAAAGUUCAAAGUUUCCGAAAGUUUUGAAAAAGUUAUAUCACAGCGUGAAAAUGUUGGUAAGAUUUCAUUGAGUAACUUGUUGACAGAUGACCAGGUUUCUGAGAAGGAGCAGUUAUCAAUGAGGGGAUUCGAACAAAGUUUGCCUACGCAGGCAACAGCUCCAUUGCCGUCUGAUCCAGUCAAUCCUCCUUCUUACGAGGAAAUAAUACAAAGAAAAGACAGAGCUGGAGUAGAAGGAGCCCCAUAUCCUCCCUUUGUGCCCAAUACAAACAUCCAGCCUCCUGAUGCCGCGAUACCAACACCUUUACCCGUUAACUAUGGCGGGUAUUACCCUCCUGUGCCGUCUUCACAUCAGGGUUUUAACUAUGAUAACACAUCCUUCCAAAGCCAAAAUUUCGGUGGACCGUACAAAGAUCUCUCUAUGGGACAUGAGAAUUAUAACCACCCCUUUCAACAGAGUAAUGUAAAUCAAUGUGAGGGGCCAGCCAUCUUACAGAAUUUCCAAAAAGCUGAAAGCGGAUCUCCAAAAGAGCUUAAAUUUCAUUCAAACAUCCAUCCUAGACUUAUGGAGGAAAAGGAAGAAGCUGAGAUAUCAGGUAUAACUUUUCUCGCGAACGGGAAUAUUGUGAUGUCUGAUAAAGCAAACCUUUCACUUAAGAUGUUUGAUGACAUGAAAAUUCAGCUCGGGUACAAGAAAUUUGAUUAUAAGCCCUAUGACGUCACACAAGCCCCAACAGGCGAUAUAGCUGUUGCAUUUCCAUCUGAGCACAGAGUUAACUUUUUAAGGCUGCAUGACCUUUCCCUUGUUCCAAAUGCGUGGGUUACAAAUCCCAAAUCUAAGUGUUAUGGCUUAACUUCAAGUGAUGACUACCUUUUUGUCAUCUGGAAAGAAAGUGAUGAAUCUGAAAACAUUCGCAUUUAUAAUGAACAGUACUCCGAACUUCAAAAACUAACCGUAUCCGCCGAGCGUUAUUUGGUAGUAGAUCCAACAACACUGGAUCUCUUUUACAGAGUUUUGAACUUUGGCAACGAUCAAAUCAAGUGUACUAAUGCCUUCGGCGACGCCAAAACAAAAUGGAAAAUUAAGAUUCCAGGUCACUUAAUUGAAGGAAUGGCAAUUUUAAAAUCUGGAAUUCUUGUGUCAUCUUACUGUGCAGUUAAUUUUGCAGAUUUUAGGAAUCGCAGUUGUACGGAACUUUUGGAUAUAAGAGAUGCAGGCCACCUAGCUGUAAACAGAGACCGGUCCAAGAUGGCACUGGUGCUAAAUGAAUGUAGUCCAUCAGACGAUAAAAAUGAUGUUGUACAAUUGUAUGAUAUUAUUUACUGAAAACUUGAUUAAGAUAUAUUAGAGAGAGAGAAAAAAAAAUUGUUAAUUUCCUGUACCAUCAAGCAUAAUCUGGUCUUCAAUAAAAUUAACAAAAAAAUAUUAUUUACUUAUCAUUGAAGUAGUGUCCUUUCUGACAUAUUUUAUUUUUCGAAUAAAAUCUGCAACAUGACGACUUUGGAAGAAAGUAGUCAUGUUGCAGAUUUUAUUUGAAAAAUAAAAUAUGUCAGAAAGGACAGUUUUAACUAAAUGACUACUGACAAAAGAAAAUAUGAAUUUAAAGACCUUUAUUUUUCUUAUUUCAUUUAUUUGUUUUUUGCACUUCGUUUAGUCUCUGUCAUUAUUUAAUUGGUUUUAGUUUUCAAACAACAGAUUAAUUGGAAUUAAUUCAAUGUUUUAUAAGCAGACUUCUUUUGUCAUUGCGUACUUGUACAUGUAUUAUUUAUUUUGACUUCGUUUACAUAACACAUAAAUUGUUUAAAAUGUUUAGAUCAAUAAUGGUCUACAGUUAAGGAUUUAAAAAGAUGCCUUUUUCUUUUGCUGUAAGUUAUUUAUGAUUAUUAGAUUUUUUAUUAAUUUUUUAUUAUACGAUAUAUAUAUUAUGUAGAAAUGUAAAAUUGUACUUGAGGGUUUCCAUUUAUCUGUGUAAUUUUUUAAUCAAAGAAGGUGUCAACCAUUCGAUUUAGUGUUAAGUCCUAAGGAGUUAUGUUUAUAGUUAAAGUAUGGUCAAUUGGUCAAGUAAAUAAAUAAAAUACAUAAUAAGGAAGUGAGAAGAUUAUCCGUAAAUUAAAUUUUUAUGCAUGAAUAUAGAUUUUCAUUGGUUAAUAUCUGUACAGGGAAGCGUGGAGUCUCCGAUAUAGAUUGUGUCCUCUACUGGGAUCCAUCUGCUCAGAGACGGCAAUAAAACAAUUUACAUUUUA